CUGGUAGGUUCACAACAGUAGAGAGAGAGCCCCGGUUUGUCCAGCAUUCAAACACUCACGCCCACCCGCGUACGAGCCAAGCCCUUCGAUCGCAGAAGGGAGUUAGCUGGCCAUGGAACCACCAGGCGCAACGGCACGCCUUUCGACGUCUCCAACCGUGACGACCAGAACCAAACUUGAAUCGGUCGCGUCGAGACUUGACGAAGCCUCAGCAGAGCAGCAUCCUGCCAGCACGUGGCCCGUCGGUCGUCGACGCUCGCAUAUGGUAGCAGCGUGGCAAAGCAAUGCGUUGCGGCAUAUGCAGGAGCCACAAGUCGGUGGAGUUCCUCGCUCCGUACUCCAUCGGCUAGUAGGAACACCGGUUGAAAAUGCCUCGAGCUCUCCACUCCACAGCCCCCGACGUCGGUGUUCAGCUGCGUCGGCUGCUAUGGUCUCUAUGGUGCACAGCCCGAGAGCUUUUGCUAGUAGUCCAUUGGAAAAACGAGACCCCACGGCUCAAACGGCACCGUAUCAGUGUCUUUCGCCCAUGUUCCCGGAGUUCGGAAGCUACGAGAGUAAUAUGCCUAGCAACUACAGUAGUGGGUGCAGCAGUCCAAUUCCGAUCGGGAACUUCAUUGACGGACCGAUUCCGUCCGACGAUGAAGAAGACGAGAGCGCAGAUGAAGUGACGAUGCUGCGUCAACAAGUAGCGCUACUAGUCAAGAGUCUGGAGGACGAGAAGAAGCGACGCGCAUCCGAACAGCAACUCAUGCAGACUAAAAUCAUCGAGCUUCAGACGUUGAUCCGAGGCAACGGAGAUGACGAAGUUGACGCAGUCAGGACUGGAGAGAACGAGCGACUGGAAAAUAACCCACUCAGACGAUGGUCAGCACCGAUAGAAGAGGACGAAGCUGCUGAAACUUCGUGUGACUGUGUGCACAAGCCAAAGGAUGGCGAGGCGACUGCCAAGCUGCAGCUCACGCGACUGCGAGCUCGGAUGCACGCCAUCGUGAUCGACGCUCAACGAGAGACUCAAUCUCUUCGAGUGCAACUGGAAAGUGCGAAACGAAGCCACAGUAAGCGCGAGAAGCAACUCUCGCUCGAGACGACGAUCAAAGUUGCUGCUCUGGAGCAGAAGCACGCAGUGGCCACGUCUCAACUCUCUCAGCAAGUAGCAGACAGCGCCGCUCAUGUGGCGAAGCUGCAGGUCGAAAAGCAGGAGCUUGUAGCGACUCGCCAAAUGCAACAAGAACGUGUCAAACAACUGGAAUUUGCUCUCGGCGGGAAGUGCCAUGUGGACGCCUCAUGUGGAUGAACGGCAAAAGUCGACGACGCGGCCAUGAUUUAAAUUUUAUAUAUGGGGAAGUGUGCAGAUCUCCGCAUACUGCGAUGAAGCAGCCAGUGCACAUAACUGGGAGGUCUGAAAAUUUAAUAAAAAAAA